AUGACUAGACACCAACCCAAAGACGACCCGUCAAUGAACCCAGGUACCGUUAAUAUCUAUAAUAAGCCCGUGUAUGCACUCAUCGAUUCCAGAUCAACUCACUCAUUCAUCUCAAGUACCCUCGUUGCCGAACUCCGCCUAGUCCGUAGUCAAGCCGAUGUCUUGUUUAUCAUACUUAUUCCUUCUGGUGAUAAACUUAAAUCCGAUUUCAUCAUGAAAGAUUGCCUUAUUCAGAUUCAUAACCAAUCCCUAGCCUCCGAUCUAAUCAUUCUACCCAUUAAAAAUUUCGAAAUAAUUCCCAGAAUGGAUUGGUUAUCAAAAUUCAGCGCCCAAAUCAACUGUGCUCACAAAACCAUUCGUUUCUCCUUACCGAAUGGCACCUGUCAUUUCGUUGACAUAGUGGAAACUCUCGACGAAGAUAAAAUCGACCUUUUCAAAGUGCCAACCGAUUGCAAAUUUCCCGAUGUCUUUCCCGAAGAUCUCCCCGGUCUUCCACCCGAUCGUGAAAUUGAAUUUGAAAUUAAUUUGAUCCCCGGCUCCGCUCCUAUCUCUAAGGCACCUUAUCGCAUGGCGCCGUUAGAGCUAAAGGAACUCAAGGACCAAAUUCAAGAUCUUAUCAAUAAGAAGUUCGUCCGCCCUAUUUUUUCCCCAUGGAGUGCUCCGCAAGAAUUGACGUCCUUUUCGACCCACGUCAAGGCUCCACCGUCUAUUCCAAAAUUGACCUCCGUUUCGGGUACCAUCAAUUGA